UAAAUAUUAAUAGCAAAAUAAUUAGGAUAGCUAUAAUGUUCGAGACGAAUGGACAAUUUAAAUAAUUUGGGCAAUUUGUUUUGCGUGGUAUUUAUGUUCGAGCCUAUACUCAUUAUCCGUAACGCCAAUCGGUUAGGAGCCUAAAAUUGGAUUAGGGGCCGAUUGCCCAGUGGAACGUGGUCACGAUGUGCGUAGUCGACAGCUCUUAAAUGUCACCUAUAUUUCAAUCUACAGAAUCGAACUUGCCCGAUCUUAUCUAAUCUCGUGUUUCUCGUGACAUCUUCAUAUUUAAAUCGAUCGUCCCGCACACGAUUAAAACGCCACUGAAUAUUUCAUCGGCAUUAUCUCCUCCAUUCGUACGCCGGAAAUUAAAAUACAGCACGCGAUUGUCAGACUAAAAGAUUUCUAGGUCUGCGAUUAAAUCGAACCGAUAUCCUGAAAGUAUUAUAUCUCAAACCGAACUCGGCGAUUUAAUGCACAAUCGUACAGGAGAGUCGCGAUGUAACCGCCCGGCGAAAUCGUGUGUGAUGUGCGUGAUGCGUGCUGCAUCUGUCACCCGCAUAUUUAUAUCGUCAACUAGUCCCGGGGACGCUGCCAGAAUCGUGGUAUCACACGUCAAGAUCGAGAUCAUUGACGUUGCGAUCGAAACAGACUCGAUUAUCUUGAGGCUCGAUCCUGUUUUACAAGAUAAUCUUUGAGAUAAUGUCACGUGGUCUUUUUUCCAUAUAAGAAAGAUGAUUCGCGAAAUAAUCGUGAUAAGGAAACGUCACUCAUAGAUAUUUAUCGAUGUUCUUACUCUUCAUAAUAUUAUUUUCUGCCCGCUUAAAACGCGAUUGAUAACGUGCGUGACUGAUCGUUGGGCGGUCGAUUAGAGAACAAUAUAAAUUUGAAGCAGACGGGUAAAUAAACUGAGUUGUCGCGUAUCGAACUUACGAAUACAUAAGUGAUCGCUAGGUCUAUCAAAAAAGUGGAAACGGUACAUAAGUGGUGGCGAAUAAAUAACAGGCGCAAUGUCGUGCCAAGUAUAUUUUCGAACGAGAUCUUGGGACACACUGUAUAACAAAUAAAUCUUACAUAUAUAUAUUAUAUAUAUGUACGACAUGCGUGCGAUGCGACAAAAUCCAGAUUCGAGAAUUUUUCGAAAUAAGUGACGUUGCACGGGCGUGAGUUCGCGAUAGAAGAUGGAUGCGUCUUGAAACCAGGGCGCGCAUCAGGUGAAUUUACGCGGCCUCAGGUGAAACGUCGCGCAGCUUAUUCGACAAUAAACAAUAGGAUUUCGCCCUGUCGACGCUGGCUGGGCGACGCUAAAAAUAAGGAUUUUGACUGUUGCCAAACUUCAACAAAUAUUCCCACUGAGGUGUGAAGCAGACAUCCACGAGACGUCGCCGUUUAGUUUGCGCUCGUGUGUACGCACGUACAGAUGCAUAGAAUUAUUGUUUAAAAAAGGAAUUCCUCGAAACAGUCGUGAAAAUUCGCGCAGACGUUGCCGCAAGUUUAUCGCGAGCCGCUAAAGUCGUUCAGGACUUUGCAUAAAUAAAAAUGUGACAGUCGUAAACAGUUACGGGAGACGUAAGCAAAAUUAUAAAUUGAAAUUGAAGCACAAGGAUUUAAAAUUUUGGUGUACUAGCGAGGCAGUACUCUAAACGGUGAAAAAUUUUCUUGAAUGACAUUUCGAAGAACGUAAAUAAGAUUCGUGUAGUGAUGGAGAAUCUAAAAAUUUGUUGGUGUAGAAAAAACAACGCAGACACUUUCAUACGUAUUAUAUACGUAAGGAAUUUAUAGAAAAUUUGGGUGACGAUUUAAAAAUUUGUUGAUACCGGAAAGUUAAUUUAUUAAACAGCAAAAGAAAAGUGACGUAGAGUACUUCCACAGUGCUUUUUCAUUAUUUCGUUCAAUUGAAUCCUUGUUAAUUAUUCUUAUUUAUUUAUUUAUUACCCACGAAGUAGCCGUUGCGUAAGAAUGCGCAAGAGACGAAGAAUAAGAAUCGUACAUAUUAAACGAAACUAUCGAAUUUUGGGAUUUAUUAAGUUUCAAAAAUUUGUAUGACUCUUUAAUGACUUCUGAGCUCAAUGACCAUGAGGCGAUAUCAGACGGUAAUUUUUCGACGAAAUAAAACACACUUUUUAGUGGAAGUGAAUGACGAGCAGACGCGAGUUUCUCGAGAAAAAAAUCAGAUUUAUCCGCGUGUGGCUACAUCUCGCAGCGAAACUUCAGAAUGUAGAUUAAGAAGGUGGUAUACGAUCGUGCAGUGAUGUACGAAAUGGAGGAGAAGCCGAGGAGAGACGCAUCUUUAAGCUUAAAUUCGAGUUUCCGUGAGUCGAGUAAUCCAAGUGACGAAUCCUCGAUGCAAUCCGUGAAACUUCUCGCCCAGCUCUCCCUGCCGACCUUGGUCUUGAACAGGGCAUACUUUGUCUGUAACGACAACUACCUUAUGUAUGGUCGCUACACGAAGGACUUGGGUGAGUACGCGAAGGAAGAAGCACGCAAGCUCAAGUAUCAUGACAAAGCGAGGCGGAAGUAUGAUAAAACGAGAGCAGAGGAUCUGCGGAAGUCCAGGCGGGGUCCUCUGUGUCGAAAGCUGCUGGCCCUGCUGGCUUUCGCCUGGAAACACACCGGCGCCCGGUUAGGUGAGGACUGGAUUUUCCUUGCCCUCCUCGGCAUCAUUAUGGCACUCAUCAGUUACGCCAUGGACCGUGGCAUUUCCAUGUGCAAUAACGCCAGGAUAUGGCUCUAUCAGGACCUUACGUCGCAUCCGGCCUUCAAGUACCUGGCCUGGGUGUCUCUGCCGGUGUGCCUCAUUCUCUUCAGCGCGGGCUUCGUUCAUAUCGUAGCACCGCAAAGUAUAGGCUCCGGCAUUCCGGAAAUGAAGACCAUUCUACGCGGCGUGGCGUUGAAGGAAUAUCUGACCUUCCGUACCUUGGUUGCCAAGGUGAUCGGCUUAACGGCGACCUUGGGCUCGGGGCUGCCGCUUGGCAAGGAAGGUCCGUUCGUGCACAUCGCCAGCAUCGUCGCAACGCUGCUUUCCAAAUUGGUCACGAGCUUCCAGGGCAUUUACGAGAACGAGAGUAGGAACUGCGAGAUGCUGGCCGCAGCCUGCGCGGUGGGCGUCGCCUCCUGCUUCGCGGCUCCGAUCGGCGGCGUUCUCUUCAGCAUCGAAGUUACCACGGUGUACUUCGCGGUCAGGAACUAUUGGCGCGGUUUCUUCACCGCGGUCUGCGGCGCCACGAUGUUCCGUCUGCUGGCGAUCUGGUUCCAGCGCGAGGAGACCAUCACGGCGAUGUUCGCCACCAGCUUCACCAUGGAAUUCCCCUUCGAUCCGCAGGAACUCUUUGUCUUCGCCCUGAUCGGCGUCGGCAGCGGGUUGUUGGGCGCCUUCUACGUCUGGCUGCACAGGCAAUACGUUAUCUUCAUGCGGAAGAACAAGAGCAUGAAUAGUUUUCUACAGAAGAAUCGUUUUCUGUAUCCCGGCAUCGUGUCCCUGCUAGUCUCGUCCGUGUCGUUUCCCCUUGGGCUCGGUCAAUUCAUGGCAGGCGAUCUGAACACGCACGAUCAAGUUCACGGUCUCUUCACUAACUUCACUUGGACGAAGGAGAAUCUCAGCGUCGAGGAGAUGAGUGUCGUGAAGCACUGGUCAACGACGUACACCGACGUUUUCAGCGGACUCCUUAGUUUCGUUUUAGUUACCUUCAUCUUUUCCAUCAUUAGUUCGACGGUGCCGGUACCAUCUGGAAUUUUUAUUCCCGUAUUCAAGAUCGGUGCUGCGCUGGGUAGAGCAGUCGGUGAAGCUAUGGCUCUCUGGUUUCCCACUGGCGUGCGUUAUGGCGGAGUAAUUACACCAAUAAUACCAGGUGGAUACGCCACGGUGGGCGCGGCCGCAUUCUCCGGUGCGGUGACGCACACGAUAUCCGUCAGUGUCAUCAUUUUCGAGAUGACCGGUCAGAUCACACACAUCGUGCCCAUAAUGAUAGCGGUGCUGAUCAGCAACGCCAUCGCCGCGCUUCUGCAGCCUAGUAUAUACGACAGCAUCAUCCUGAUCAAGAAAUUGCCUUACUUGCCCGAUCUGCUUCCAUCGAGUUCAGGAAUGUACAAUGUUUACGUGGAGGAUUUCAUGGUCCGCGACGUAAAGUACAUAUGGCACGGCAUCAGCUAUCAAAAGCUGAAAGAAAUACUGAAGGAGAAUCGCAAGCUACGUGGAUUUCCGCUGGUGGAUAAUCCGGACUCCAUGAUUCUGCUUGGAUCGAUCCAGAGAUUGGCGUUAAUCAAACUUAUCGAGAAGCAUAUCGGUCGCGAGAGAAGGUUACAGGUCGCGCAAAAAUGGCACAAGGAGGCGGAGAGAGCGCGCGAAGAAAUAGAACGACAGCUGCGAGAACAGGAGAGGACGAGGAGGCCUUCGAGAUUCGAGGUUAUCCCGGCACCAGACAUUCUCAAGAUGCAACGGCAGAGUGUUAAUGAUCUAACGAUGUCGCCAAACAAUGGCAAUGAUCAUCACACGUACCAUUCACCGGUGUUCGGAUCGCAACCGAAGAAGUCGAUUUUGAAGAAGACCAAUUCUUUCACUCUUAAGGGAUUCAGCCCGUUAGUUAGCCCGGCGGUGACGCCCUAUACGACAGUUACAGGCGCGGAAAGCAGAAUUCGUUUGGCGUUCGAGGCAAUCUUUCGCAAAUCCGCCACAUUGCAAGACGUGGAUCCCGAUCCGGAGUUGGGUACCAGGGAGAGUCAGGAUGCCAUCAAUGUGCAGUCCCACACGCCCAUGCUGGCCCCGAGUCCGGCGACAUCGAAGAAAGUACAAUUGCCUCGAGAGAGAGUGAUAGACAUGUCGGCCGAAGAUCAAAAACGGUGGGAAGAGAGCGAGAUGGCACUCGAGGUAGAUUUUUCGAGGUGCCACAUCGACCCGGCUCCUUUUCAGCUGGUCGAAAGAACGUCCCUGCUGAAGGUUCACAGUCUCUUCAGCAUGGUCGGCGUGAAUCACGCUUACGUAACGGCCAUCGGCAGGUUGGUCGGAGUUGUCGCACUGAAGGAGUUGAGGAAAGCUAUCGAGGAUGCGAACGCCGGUAUCCUGCCAAUGCAUCUCGAGUCGCACAUCGCCGAGUCGAUCUCGAGCCUGGCGAGAAGCGAGACGGACAUAGAGAGCAACAAGAACAUCAACGCGAUAAAUUCUAUAGGUUCCUGCGAGGUGGACUGCGAGAAAACGGACAAAAUCUGAAGGCUAUGCCGUGUCGAGACGAGCGAAAGCUUAUAUUGUGAUAGCCGCGUUGCCGUUGUCGCGUGACGCGGCCCGAAUAAUGCGAGAGAGCCGUGUUUUAUCUAAUACUUUCCUUUCCUCCUUCUUUCCCUUCCUGGUCAUUCGCGCGAUUCGAAAGCGACUAUGCGUUAGCCGUUAUGCGCGAGUAAAGCCCGAACUACGUCUAUCGUGUAAAGUUCAUCGUAAGCGAUCGUAACGCUCGUCGUAACAGCUCAUCGUAUGAGUUGACUCAAUUUGAAGCGGUACGAUAGAUGUGUAGAUCUAGUUUAACGCGUAACGACACUCUCUCAAACACUUCUCUCGUACUUAAGCCUAAGGUGAGCGUAAUAACACUAAUAACGAAAGUCUCGAGGAAAGACACGAGUGCGCGAGAUAGUAUUAAGCGAUGCGACUCCGUUUCGGAAUUUCCUAUUCUUUUUUAACGUAUAAUGUCGUACGAUAUUAAGUGACACGACCGUCCGCGUCGGUCGCGUUCGUGCGCGAAGAUUAUUUUUACCGGAUAGAUAGAUAGAUGGAUUCGUACAGAGAUGAGAUUCGUUUCUCGACAGAUGUUUUACGUGGAAAUCGUUUUAUCGAGAAACAUCGAGGAGAGAACGUAUGUUUUCCCGUUGUAUAUUUUAAUUAGGAUAAUGCGCGUGUUUUUACACGUUUGCAUGAUGCACGAGAAUGGACGCGCGAGGUCUGGACCGGAACCAGACUGUGAAUCUUGGUCGAGCCGAGAGUACGCGCUUACGAAAUACGCUAUGAAUCGCGAGUCUAUAAUAUCGUUACUGUCACAAGCGACAAAGUAAGUUUUUUAAACGGCUGAACGGGUCUCUCGACGGAGCGAAAGUGAUUUGUAGUGCCAAAAGCAGCAACGGCGACGGCGACGCCGACGCCGACGCUGCGCUUCCCUCGUGUGAUGAAACGCGUGCACAAUUCGACCUAAUGAUAAUUCCACGUACGAGAUCAUUUGUGACUCCUACAUCGACGCUCCUCUAGCUAGUAAGUAUCUGACCAUGGUUGUGCCAGACUAUUAUUUAUUAAUAUAAUUUUUAAUUAUUGUCAAAUCAAGUACGCGAGAAAAUCACCGCGUUGUAGAUUGAACUUAGCAAUUCUCUUCCAUUCUCUAUACGAUACUUAAUUUAGAAGCGGGGCGAGAAAGAUGCCUCGGUUGCACAUUGGAUUUCUUCUAAGAACAAUUCUAGUUUGCGUUUAUUUCCAUAUAUAGAAUACGUUUAGAAAUUAUUUGACUUGAAAAUCGAGUGCGGCUUUCGCUUGUGUCAUUAAAAAUCCCGUUGACGAACAUCUAUCGCGAGAAUUAUAUUUUAACGAAAGUCGCAUUUCGGAUGUAUCAGAAUGAAGAGUGUUUUCUUCUAAUUUACUACUAGGUUAAUUAGGAUGUUACAGGCAUAAGAUUAUGUAUAUCACAGUUACUAUUCCGAUAGUUUCUCAUAGUGCAAUUGAGACGAUGUUGUCUACACCGAACUUUGUAUUAAUUGUUAUUGCUACAGUCCAGAGAAUGGCUUUAACGUCAUUUUCAUAUAUCGCCACUCGAAGGACCGCGAAAAUUUUUAACGAUAUUUAAGAUAUUUUACAUUUUACAUUCCAUUCGACUAGAUUCUCAUCUCGUUAGAUUGUACAUACAUUUAUUACGCCGCGUAUUAUUGCAUCGUAUAAGAUGAUGCUGUCCGCCGAUUGUAAAUAAUUGUGCAUCGUGGAAAGACAUUAAAUAAUUUAUUACAUU